AAUAUGACCUAUGCUUUUAUAAAGGAGGAAUCACUUUAACAGCUUUCUAUAGCAGCUUUCAAUUAUAAGAAAUGAAAACGAAUGUCGCACACAUGAUUUAAUGUAAGAGCCUUUUUUAUAUUAGGAGAGGCGUCAUCUCAUUUCUAAUCUAUCAUCAACAGCCAUGAAAUCAAACUGUUACAUUCCACGUUUCUAAAGAAUAUACAGACAGAAAAAAGUCCAAAUGUCCAUUAAACGCAGUAAUACACGGUUUAAUGUUCAGUUUGAUAAUGAAAACAACAUGUUUUUACUUAUACUCAAUUAGAAAACAUAAUAAAAAGUUUUACCAUAUGUAAAGCACAUCUGGAGCCAAAUAUUUGUGGUUUCACCUUGUUAUAUAUAUUUAUUGAGAAAAUUCCCUGGAAGAAUUACGCGAGUUCUCAGGUAAGACGACGGUAUAGCGCAUUUCUGAGUUUACCCAUUAAUCUACAUUAAUGUUUGACUUAAGCUAUCCACCUUAUUUUCAAAAAAUAGAAUACACAGUAUAAUACGUUUAUAGAAACAUUAUUUUAUGUUUAAAACGUAUUUAUUUCACAUGUUACUUACAUUUAAUAUAAACCACAAUGAACACUGUACACCACUUGUCUUUACACAGAACAGUGAGUUUGUACGGAGAGAGUUCUACCACAAUGUUGAGACUUAUAAUCACAUCAGUACUGGUGUACUUAGUUUGGUCUCAGAAAAAAGAUUGUGUCCCUAUGAAAAUGCUUCAAAGAAAACUAUGUCAGGCUAUGGAAUCUGGUCAAGUUGUUUUAAAAAUGAAGGUUCGGAAAGAUCUCACGAACUCCCCUGAGGAUAACCACAGAUACAGCAUGAAGAUCAUACGCAAAGUUAAUAAACUGUUAAAGGAGGAUCACAUCAUAAGACUUCAACAGUACAGUACUUCUGGUAACGGCAUACUUCGAUGUAAAUCUUGUGUCAUAGAAAUCCCAAGGGAGUGUAAUUUGGAUGUUGGAGCAAAGUAUCUUGUUACCGCCUCCUAUCAAACAGACAAAGCUCUGUUAAUAGCUGGUUGUGACGAUGUUAUAGAGUGGGCGGAUCUUUCCAAUUUCCAAAGAGGACGCCUACUUGGGCACGGAUAUAGCUGUAACACAGAGAUCUGCUAUGAUGACUGUAUAGAUGAUGAGAGGUGUAAGAAGGACGCCGAACCAGUGGCCUGUCAACUAAACAGAGAUAAUUUCGAUUGUUACGACAAAUACGCAGAAUGCUCGACCAAUCAGGACAGUUCUAACGGGGAUUGGAAUAUGCUGACACCAGAGUUUAAUUCUUGUCUUUUAUUGGAUAAUUCUGAUCCUUUUCCAACAAACCCACCGAACUCGUCCAAUUCAACAAACGUGACAUCUACAUAAUAAUCCUGUAAAGCUAUAAAAGCUUGACUCUUGUGUUUAAUGGACAGCACUAAUCUCGAGGGUUCCUAUAUGUUAAUUACUGAUACAAUAAAAC